AUGCUUUCGAAUCAUAAAUGUAAACUCGUUUUCUUUUCUUUUUCUUUCUCACAAGUUUUGCUCUAUACCUAUCUUAAUCUAUUCAUAUCUCUGUCCAAGCCCGCACUUCUCUUUUUUUUUGUCGAUUAUUCUGUUCACAUAUCUCCUCCCUAUCUAUCUAUUAGUCUAUUCAUAGACGAUAAUGUUCAUUUUUUGCGUCUUUUCUUCUCUCUCUCUCUCUCUCUCUCUCCAUCCUCUCCCUAUCUAUCUAUUAGUCUAUUCAUAGACCAUAAUUUUCAUAUCUCUCUCUCUUUCUCUUGCUAUUGUCUUCUCUAUCUAUUCGUCUUUUCAAAUCUCAGUUUGAGUCUUUUCUUCUCUCUCUCUCCCUCCCUCCCUAUCUAUCUAUUAGUCUAUUCUCAGACUAUAAUGUUCAUCUCUCUCCUUUUGAGUCUUUUCUUCUCUCUCUCUCCCUCCCUCCCUAUCUAUCUAUUAGUCUAUUCUCAGACUAUAAUGUUCAUCUCUCUCCGUCUCUUGCUGUUGUCUUCCCUAUCUAUUCGUCUUUUCAAAUCUCAGUUUGAGUCUUUUCUUCUCUCUCUCUCCCUCCCUCCCUAUCUAUCUAUUAUCUUCCCUAUCUAUUCGUCUUUCUCAAAUAAUGUUCAUCUCUCUCCGUUUGUUGUCUUUCUUUCGUCUUUCUCUCAGUUUGAGUCUUUUUCUUCCUCUCUCUAUCUAUUAGUCUAUUCUCAGACUAUAAUGUUCAUCUCUCUCCGUCUCUUGCUGUUGUCUUCCCUAUCUAUUAAUCUGUUCAUAUCUCCGUUUGGGUCUUUUCUUCUAUCUAUCUCUCCUCUCUAUCAACCUAUUAGUCUAUUCAUAGACCAUAAUGUUCACCUCUCUCUCUUUCUUGCCGUCGUCUUCUCUAUCUAUUAG